AUGAAUCAAGAAAAUAAACGUACAAAACUUGAUUAUGCUGCUCAAAAUGGUCGCCUUGAAGUAAUAAAAUAUUUACAUUCUAAAGGAUAUAAAGGGUAUAAAGGUUCUGAAUGGACAAUUAAUUAUGCUGCAGGAAAUGAUGACCUUGAAGUAGUAAAAUAUUUACAUUCUAUAGGAUAUAAAGGAACAGAAAAAGCAAUUGAAUACGCUGCAAUAAAGGGUCACCUUGAAAUAGUUAAAUAUUUACAUGAAUUAGGGUAUAAAUGUGAUGAAUCUGCAAUUAAUUGCGCUGCAAUGAAUGGUCACCUUGAAGUAAUAUUAUUAUAG